UCUCUUAGGACCCUGUUUAGGACAGGAGACAAAAUACACGUUCUCUUGAUAGAACUGGCCAUUGCAAUCAGAGAAAUCAUGUUUGAUGGGCCUAACAUCCAGUUAUUCCUCUACAGGAUAGCAAGGCACGUCAAAUAAGCUAAGGGAGCAACAACCUCGUUCCCAGGGACCUCUCUCUUCGGGGGAAGAGACAGGACCCUGGGAACGAGGUUGAGAGAGUAAACGCGUGACAUUUCGUGAGAUGGGAAGCUUUUUGUCACGCAAUGUUUUCUGCUCUGUCUAUGCCCGCCAUGUUGGAUUUGCAAUUAUGAGUUAAACGCACUUCUUCCAUUUUACGGACCUCGUCGUUUCGGUAGGAUGUCAAAAAGCGAGUAUAGUGAUCUUCUCUUUGAGAUCAGUGAGAAACUAGACGUGAACAAGCUGCCAAGAUUGCUUUUCAUGUGCAGGGAAGAAAUAGCGAAAGGCAGCGAACGUAACAUUGGAGAUGUACUCACGUUAUUCGAAGAACUGGAAAGGAAUAAUAGCCUUGGAAUUGAUCGCUUGGACACUUUGAAGGAAAUACUGACACAGAUGAAGAAACCAUCGCUAUUGAAGAAAGUGAGGGAGUUUGAGAUCAGAAGGAAAGCCCAGUCAGUUUGUAUAGUUUCUUCAUUGAAGCGGGCGGUGACAUGUAUGAAAGGAGGUGAGUCGACUGUAGGGAAAUAAUCGCAAGAAAUUGUAAUAAUGCAGGUUCAAGAUUGAUAUGCGAGUUAUAAAAGGCUAUUUUCUAUACUUAAAGGUUACAACUACAUGUAGCACUCACUAACAUAAUUUAUUUUGAUAGCUGGGAUGGUUUCGUGGCUGAACGCGUAUUACCGUAAUCCUCGAAUUAGCACCCCGCUCGAAUAAGUGCCCCCUUCGAAUAAGCGCCCCUCCCAUUGGCCGAAAUUUAAAAUAAGCGUCCCCCCUCGAAUAAGCGCCCCCUCCUCCCCAUUUUGUGGGCGAUUAAUGAGACAAGAAAGGAUGUAUAGUUUUCAUCAUGUAGAGCCUAGCAGAUUUGU